CCGCAGACAUGAGACAGUUGUUAGUUUUGUUGGUGCUGAUCGGUAUCGGUUGUUCCGCUGCCAAGCUAAAUCGCGUGAAGCUCCAGGCGAACAAGAACUUCACCAAGACCCACGGCAAUGUGAAGGCCGAGAAGACCCUGUUGGCGGGGAAGUACUCGUUCUUGGAAGAGAUCGCCACCACUAGUUCCAGUUCAUCGGGCGCCACCGAGAACCUGCACAAUUCCCUGAACGCCGAGUACUACGGUGUGAUCGGAAUCGGAACGCCGGAGCAGAGAUUUAACAUCCUGUUCGACACGGGAUCGUCCAACCUUUGGGUACCGAGUUCCAAGUGCCCCAAGUCGAAUACCGCAUGCCAGAAGCACAACAAGUACGACUCGGAAGCUUCCAGCACCUACGUGGCAAAUGGGGAGGACUUCGACCUGCAAUACGGAACCGGUAGUCUGUCGGGAUUUCUUUCCACGGAUUGUGUGACCGUUGCGGGUGUCACCGUUCAGAAUCAGACAUUCGGCGAAGCCCUCAGGGAGCCGGGAACAACCUUCGUAGGUGCUCCAUUCGCGGGCAUCAUGGGAUUCGCCUUCGAAUCGAUCGCCGUGGAUGGAGUGACUCCGCCGUUGGACAAUAUGAUUUCCCAGGGCCUACUCGAUGAGCCCGUCGUCUCCUUCUACCUCAAGCGGCAGGGCACCGCGGCCCGUGGUGGAGAGCUCAUCCUGGGGGGCAUUGACUCGAGCCUCUACAGAGGCAGCCUCACCUACGUUCCCGUUUCGGUUCCUGCCUACUGGCAGUUCAAGGUGAACACGAUCAAGACCAAUGGCAUUGUGCUCUGCAACGGAUGCCAGGCCAUCGCCGACACCGGAACCUCCCUAAUCGUGGUCCCGCAGGCUGCCUACACCAAGAUCAAUCGCCAGUUGGGCGCCUCGGAUAAUGGCGAUGGAGAGGCGUUCGUUAGGUGCGGCCGAGUCUCAUCCCUGCCCAAAAUCAACCUCAAUAUCGGCGGCACUAUCUUCACUUUGGCACCCAGGGACUACAUCGUCAAGGUGACGCAGAACGGUGUCACCUACUGCAUGUCCGCCUUCACCUAUAUGUCCGACAUCACCUUCUGGAUUCUCGGCGAUGUGUUCAUUGGCAAGUUCUACACGGUGUUCGAUAAGGGCAACGAACGGAUUGGCUUUGCCAGAGUGGCCGACUAUUAACCUACUGUUCUUGAGGCUUAGAUAAUAUGAUAAAUAAAUGCAUCACAUAAAUACCAA